AUACCACCCAACUACCCCGGAUUCGAUCUCAGGGGCAAGAUUCUAAAGUCCGUGACAGCGAAAUAUCCCUUUGUUGACAAUUCGUCCAUCUUAGCCCGACGAACACUCCCUCUCUCCGCCCUCUCAUUGCCUUCAACCUCGCUUGCACUCAAACGUCAUUUACCGCAUACUAUGUUCGCCGCAUUCACAUCGCUCCGCACAAAGCUAGCUCCUGUCGCCAGGACGCAGUUCACAGCCAUCUCGGCAGCACCAUCGCCAGCCGUCGGUAUCACCUCAACAACCAGCUCUAUCUUUUCAUCACUGACAGGAUUCCGUCUUCCUUCUGUUUUUGGGUCAAGUCAGGCUCGCUUCGUUUCCUAUGGUCGUGAAUUCCAACCCUCUCAACGGGUCCGUAAGCGCCGCCACGGUUUCUUGGCCAGAAUGAAGUCAAGAGGCGGCCGAAAGAUCAUCCAUAACCGCCUUCUCAAGGGUCGCAAGUACCUCAGUCAUUAAAGCAGGACGCGCCGGGAAUACAGAUCGAAGAGUCAACACUGGGAGAAAAGGAUACAGGAUAUUUGGAUAGACGGAUGCUGGAUGUUUGGCAUUGUAUAGAGUGUUGCAUCACAGCACAAAAACAAAAAAAAAAAGAAACCAACAUUAUAAGCUCAAUGUCGUUGUGAAUCAAUAUUCUGUUACUACUCGUUUGCAGCGUCUAUAUAAAGUUGGUCUGUAUCGAUUCUAGCAGUGGAGUUAAACAAACAAACGUGGAAGGGAGUGAUGUGAGCUGGACUUCGCUCCUUGCCUCGUGAAACAUAGCAUUAUUGCCCUGGACAUUGUACGUACAUCACCGAAUGCCUUCCAAAUAAACUUGAGAACUAACAAAGC